AUGGCUUCCCAAAAUCACAAACUACACUUUCUUCUUGUUCCCUUCAUGUCACAAAGCCAUCUCAUCCCCUUCACACAGAUGGCCAAGUUACUUGCAGCCAAUGGUGUCACAGUCACCAUUGUCCUUACACCCCUUAAUGCAGCAAGGUUCAACACAGUUAUUGAUCAAGCAAAGGCCUCAAACUUCAAAAUCCAGUUUCAUUUGCUACCCUUUCCUUGCCUUAAAGCAGGGUUGCCAGAAGGAUGUGAAAAUAUGGAUGCACUUCCUUCCCCUGAAUACCAACCCAUGUUUUUCGCUGCUAGCAAUAUGCUAAAGGAACCACUUGAGAAAUGGCUAUCAGAGUUGGAAACAGUACCAAGCUGCAUUGUUUCAGAUAUAUGCCUUCCUUGGACAUCAAUUGUUGCAUCCAAGUUUAAGAUACCAAGGGUUGUGUUCCACGGAAUCUCUUGCUUCACCCUCUUGUGCUCACACAACAUUAACCGUUCCAAGGUUCAUGAGAAUGUCACCUCAAUGUCAAAGCCGUUUGUGGUACCGGACAUGCCUGACACUAUUGAGUUCACCAAGUCACAGUUACCUGAAGGAAUGAUGCAUGACUCUGAGGCUUGGAAACACGCUAUUGAACAAUUCGAAGCGGCUGAACUUUCAGCACAAGGGAUAUUGGUGAAUACUUUUGAGGAACUAGAGAAGAUGUACGUGAGAGGAUAUGAGAAAGUGUCAAGAAAGGUUUGGUGUAUAGGACCUCUUUCUUUAUAUGACAAGUUAAUCUUGGACAAGUUUGAGAGAGAUAAUAAUAAUAAGGCCUCUAUGGAUGAGUCUGAAUGUCUCAAUUUUCUUAGUUCCAACAAGCCUUGUUCUGUCAUCUAUGUGUGUUUUGGAAGUCUGUCUCGCCUUCAGUCUUCACAACUAAAGGAACUUGCUUUGGGAUUGGAAGAAUCAAACUAUCCAUUCAUUUGGGUGAUUGGAAAAAAUGACUGUUCUAUGGAGUUAGAGAAAUGGUUAGCAGAAGAGAACUUCGUAGAGAGGAAUAAAGGAAGAGGUGUUAUAAUUAGAGGAUGGGCACCACAAGUUCAGAUACUAUCACAUCCUGCAACUGGUGGGUUCUUAUCUCAUUGUGGUUGGAAUUCCACACUUGAAGCAGUUUCUGCAGGUGUCCCAAUGAUAACUUGGCCAAUGUUUGCUGAGCAAUUCUUUAAUGAGAAGCUCAUUGUGCAAGUACUGAAGAUUGGUGUGAGAAUUGGUGAUGAAGCUGUUGUGGACAACAUGGAGACAGAUAAGGCUGAGAAUGUAUUGGUGAAGAAGGAGGAUGUGAAGAAGGCUAUUGAACAGCUCAUGAACCAAGGUGGUGAAGGGGAAGAGAGAAGGAACAGAACCAGAGAGAUAAAAGAAAUGGCUCAUAAGUGUGUUCAAGAUGGUGGGUCUUCCACGUCAAAUUGCAAAUUAUUCAUUCAACAAAUUGUGGAUCUAAGUUCAUAAUUAAUGAUUAGGCAUAUUUGUUGGUUAGUCUUUGAAAUGAUGGAUCAGA